AUGAGCAGCGGAGAGAAUGCUUUUACUCCACAUUUACAGAAUAAAGUCAGCACUCUCUGUGGAUCCCUCGCUGCUGCUUCCACGCACUGCAAAAAAACUGUUUCAAGUAUGGGUGCAGCUCAGAUGGCUGUCCUCUCUCUCCUGUGCCUGAGUGGGGGGCAGGCGUACCCCUCUGGCGCCCCCACAGGGGCCUGUGUGGACAUGAUCCCCCGUCACAUGGGAGUGGAGCCGCAGACCUCUCCUCCACCGUACACUCUGCUCACCAACGCAAACGAGUUCAGUCCUGGAGCUCCAAUCACAGUGACCAUCGUUGGUCCGGCUUACAGAGGGGUGCUGCUGGAGGCCCGGACCCCCGGAGACACCACCGCCCUGGGCUCGUGGCAGAUGCCCCCUCCAGACACACGCUUCCUGGAGUGCUCGGGGAACCCUCAGGGCGCUGUGACCCACGCCAACACCAACGUCAAGGGAAACUCCACCGUGUUCAGCUGGACGCCUCCAAACACCAUCCGACCCAUCUACUUCAUGGCGACGGUGGCUCAGCAGAGAACUGUUUACUGGCUGGACGUCAGGUCCAGUGCUCUCUUUAGAGCAUCCCCACGUCUGGGACUGGCCGCUGGAACAGGAUCUGUGACCCCUGGAAGAACUCUGCUCUCUUCUGCCCUCUGCUGGCUCUUCUACAAAACACUUCUAUAA